GGUAUGGCAGAGCACUAUAGUCCUUGGUGUGGUACGAUAAUACGUUUUAUGGUACACGAGUUGGUACCUUUCUCAGCAGGUACAAUAAUCUACCUUGGCAACCCCUCGAGUCAGUGUGGCGGCAUCGGCUGCUGGAGGAGGAGGGACCUACACGCCGGACAACGAUGGUGCAGUUGGCCUGCAGUUGCCUAAACAUUCGUCUGCAUGUGCAAGAGUCCCCUGAGUCCCUGGUGGCCGGGAUACCCAAUCUCAGUCCCUCUGAGAGGCAGCACCCCUUCUUCCUAAAGGGAGCUUGUCCUGUCACCCUAGGCCUGGGUGGCAUAACCGAGGGACAGAGGCUGUUGGUGCGCCGCUGUCGUGUGGGGAACUGGACUGUUCUUGAGUGCCUCAAUUGCCACCUGUUGACUCAUGCCACGCGGGGACAUGGAGGCGAUGUAGCGGCCAGCACCUUACUCAUUAGUGAUGUCAACAAGAUCCAGAUGCUCCAGAAGUGUGAGGGAUACUCGCCUGCUUUCAACCUAGUGCUGCCCACCACCCUCGACAACCAGCCCACCCCUCCUCUCUCCCCCACCGAGUUCCCCGGCGAUAGGUCCCCAGAAACCGAAGCUGCCCUGAGUGAGGUGCAGCAGCAGUUGUCACGGUUCCUGAAGAAGGCACAGUCACAAGUGGAAGCCAACAUCCAGUCCUAUACCAAGCAGCAGCAGGCACUCCUCCAGGCCCUGACCCUCCGUGCCCGCAAGGACCGACAGACUGUUAUGCAGCUCAUCACAAACAUGCAGGCCAACAUGCGCUCGCAGUCUGAUGAUGACAUCCUGGGCUUCGACAUGGAUGGAGCAAGAGGGUCACAGCAACAGCAGUUGAGGUCUGGCGACGGGUUCAGCUCAGUCAUGCAGCCGGGCGACCUGGACGACCGUUACAGUGAUGAUGUGACGGGCCUGCCGGACGACCCUGACGCAGGGCUGCCACCGCUGGUCAGUCUGCAGGGCCGGGGACCCUCACAGCCCAUGAGCAUGAACCACACCCAGGGAAUCACGGCUGGAAUGCACAACAUGCGGCUGUCAUCGUCAGUGGCAGUGCCGCGCGCCAAGAAGCUUCAGGGUGGCAGCCGGGUAGCUCAAUCCCUCGACGUGGAAGGAUUGUUUGACAUGGAGGGUAUGAUGGAGGGCAGUGCCGCACCCAGUCACCCUUCGUACCACUCUGAUGAUGAGGAUGACUCGGAUGACUCCACCUUUGGCGAGGACUCACAGAUCUCUGGUGACCACGACUCCAUGAGGGAUCUGGCCAAGUCUGUACCGGUCAGCGUCCCCAUGUGGCCAGCGGCGCGGCCCAAGCCCAUGCCCGAUGACCAUGUGGUGGAGAGACCCAGUGAUGUCCAGCAGAUGGCAGCCUCCAUUAAAGCACUCGCCCGCAGUGUCCACACCACCUCCGUUGAUCUGUUUGGGGACCUUCCUCGGCCCCGACAGCCUCUGUAGGACGUGGACAGCUAGGGCAGCUCCGUGGAAUAGCGUACAACAGAGGCAGUGUGUGUGUUAUUAGUGUGCCUAUGCACACAUGUCCGUGCACAUGUGUGCAUACAUACAGCAAGAUCUCCCCAAUAGUGAUUUCCAAUUUUUUUCUAUAAUAACAGCAAGUCAAAAUAGAUACCAAGUUUCUACAAUGUUUGGAUUACUUCCUGGAAGGAAGCAUGUGCCAGCAUCUUGGAUGGCAUUUAUUUGCUGCCAUUUUGAUGGCAUAGUCAUCAGACUUGCAUCCUGGUCACAGCCAAGGACACAUGCACAAAGGGAUAUUGGAUGCCUCAACUGGUGGACUGCUACCAUUGUUUUCCCAUAUGAACCCCUCCCUCCUUUAGUUUUUUUUUUUUUUUUUUUUUUUCCCUGAAGUAAAAGAAAUUGCUGUCUGAAUGACAUGAGGUUUCAACACACCUUAAAGGUGUUAAUAAGGUGUUUGGUAUGACAAUUGUUCUAAGGCUUGUGCAUGACAACCACUGUGGCAUCAACCGAUGGCUGCAUGCUUCUUGCCACUAUUGCUUCUCGUCCUCACCCAGUUCCAUCAACACGUCAUCAAAUCCAUCAAAGCCAACCCUUACAAUUACUGGUUAUAGAGGUGAAAAUAUCACACAGCAGCACGCACACCACAACACAGGCUGUGGGUGAGCCGUGUUCUAGCUAUGCAUCAGGUGUCGUCUCUGACUCCUGACCCAAAUCUAAGCACAGCACUGAGUGGUAUCCUGAUUGAUAAAUGCUCUAAUCUGCACAGUAUGACUGCUCCUACAUUUUAUUCCUUGCAUUCUUUACAUUUUCUAUACCAUUCAAUGGUGUGUUUGCAUGUAGGUCAGAAGUCAGACACUUGGUACAUUGUUAAUGUCUCUCAUCCUUGGAUGCACUCAGGUCACCCACUAGCCCAAAGGUUUUGUUCCUUGUGGUUUGAAGUAGAAUGUGUGCUGCUGUGUGAUAGUGUUGAUGGAAGUGGGGCGGGGCCAGCCUGGAAACAGAGUAAAUGGUACAUCACAGUAGCCUCCAUGUGCAAGCUUUGGAACACCCAUCAAGAGGGACACCUCAUCAGCUCCCUUGAGAGGAGUGACUGCUAUUAAGUGCUUGCAAUUGAAAAAAGGUCAAUUAGUACUGGAAUUAGAACCAAUAAUUAGGGUUUAUCCCUAAUGUUAAGCUUUUUAUUUGGAACCCUUCUCCUCCAAGACUAUCAGACCUACAUUAUUGGAUAAGUUCUCUAUGGAAACAAUGUGAAGUGUGUUAUUGGUUGAGUUCUCAUUGGAAACAAUGUGAAACAUAGAUUAAAUAUAUUGAAAAUAUCUUAAAUCUGUUCAGGUCUUGAUGCUAUGGCCUUUUAAAAUGUCAAUGACCCUAACAAGCUUGGUUUAGACCCAUAACUUUCAAACUGAGGCUGGUAGGGAAAUUAUCUUCAAUUAAAAAAGUCAGAAUUUAACACUUUCAAACAAAACUCAACCAGUGUUUUAGGUCUAAUAGUUUUUGAGUUUUUGAAGCUUGUAAGUUAAACAUGUCACAUUUUGAGAAAUAUACUUUCAAAGUCUUAAAUGUUAUUUACAAAAUAAUAAUAUGUGCAAACUGCGCUGAUUUUUACCAACUUAGGGAUGUUGGAUGGAGAAAUUUUGCCUUAGGGAUAAUUUUGGCACUGCCAUCUUGAUUACGGAAAAUACUAGGACGGUCAGGUUUUCAACCUUUUGCGUACUGUAACACCCACCAUGACUUAGGAUUUUUAUCACUUCACCUAAAAAAAAAGUAAUGACAGAAGGGUUUCAAAUGGAAAAAAUGUGUGAAUUAAAGUCCUGGGUUGGAGGCACCAACCAACCCUUUCUUUGUGUACCUCACCUCUUUGCUAAUACUGCCAUUUUUCAGGCGCUAGUAAGAUGCCAUUGGUGAGAUCCUGCUAUAGUUUGAGACAGUUGUUUACUUGACAAUUAAGGUUUAUAUAUAUAUAUAUAGAGAGAGAGACAGAUAGACAUUGACUGACGGAAAGAAGAAUCUAGUGCCUCACAGGGGAUCACUAAGUAUAGCUUCAAGCUGGGAAAUUUAAAACAAACUGUAUAUAAUGAAGUUAUCAGUAUUGCCUUUGGAGAAUAUAUAUGUACAUAUAUAUAUUGUUUUAUACCAUGGAUGUGUUCAGGAAAGUAACUUUUGUAUGAAGAAGUGUUGACACUUACGUACACAUGGUGAAGACUUGUUUGUGGAGUUUCAGUGAGAAUUGUUCAGAUAAUUAGUCUCUCUAUUGGUAAAACUGUUCCCUGUUUAUGACAGACCUCUCUAAAAGAUUACAAAACAUUGCAUGCAGGAGCAUUGCUAGGACUUAAUGGGUGAUGGACACAGCAUGCAUGCAGCUGGGGAAGCCUGCUAAGGGAGGGGGGUUGCUGCCACCCUCCCUCCCCCAAGGGAUGCCCCUGCCUGUAGAGUGUUGGGUUCUGGAAACUUAACAGUUAAGAGCAUAAGUCCGAGGGUUUGUAGUUCCUUCACUCGUCUUGAAAGUUUUGUUUAGUUCAAAGGCAAUAUUUGUUUAAGGUAAUGUUACAAAGAAAAUUAUAAAUUCUUCGAUGGCUGUGAAUGCAUUUUUUCCUCUUCAACUGUUACGUAAGAAGUAGAGUGUGAAGUACAUUGCCUUCACCCUAAAGAUAUAAUGCUCUGUUAUCAAUAUUCCAUUAGCAGUUUGGUCAACUUGAAAUAAGUUGUUCUCAGACAUAGAGAACAAAGACUUUAGUAUAGAUGUACUGAUGAUGAUAUUUUUCUUUUGCUGUGGCUUUAAAUGUCCGUUCAGCACUGAGGGUGUGACGGCGCUCAGAGAUCUGAUGUGUCCACAGGGAAGUGGGUGAAAUGUGAAACUAUUAUGUGUUGUAUUAUCCAUAUUAGACGUUUGCAUUUUUCA